UUCGUUGCAGUAGUUUCCGUUGUUUCCGGGAAAUUCAUCAAAACUGAUCCGAAUUAUGGUGAAAUUGAAAAUUUUCUGCAGAAAAUACAUCACUCUAAAAAAUUUAAGAGCCUAUUUCUAUUACAAAACUAUAAUCCCGCGGAUGAUUGCAUCAUACAAAAUCUAUCAAACCGUCUUGGAAUUCCGUUUAUUUUUCGUCCAGUGAAUCAAUUUCCUUCUCAUUGAAAGCAAAAUUCAACAAACAUUUUCUGAUUAUAGUCAACCUCAAGAACAGCAGUGAAAAAUCUUUUGCAACGUCUUCCGGAAUAUCUUCAACACAUGCGGCAAAGUAAUAUUGUAUUUUUGCUCAGAAGUUCGUCGAAAAACAAAGAAGAGCUUAAAGAAGUUUUUGAAUUUUGUUGGCAAAAUGAUAUGAUUAAUGUGAUUGCAAUUUUUCAAGACUUCUCGAGAUCCUCAACUUAUUACAGUUUCACCAAUUUCGGAAUGUUUAAAAUUGAAGAAAUGGUCUUUAAAGAAAAUGAAAAUUCGCUGGAAUUCUUUCCGAAUCGAAUGCAUAACUUAAAUGGGACCGUUCUGAAUGUCUUAUUUGAUCAGCACGACAUGUAUUUGCAGAUUCAAGAUGAUCAAGCUACAGGAGGUCCUGUCUGUAAAAUGAUUGUUACUUUCCUUACGAAACAUAACGCUAAAUUAAAUACAUCAUACUUAACAUUUUCAACCCUAACCCCCGAUGACGUUGUGAAUUUGAUUUCAAACAAAACCGUAAAUUUUACUACGAUACCUAUGUUUCUUGAGUUGGCAACAGAAUCAUUCGCAUAUCCAUUACUAGAGGAUGUUGGUAUCAUACUACCAAUCGAACCCAGAAUUCCCAUUUUUAAAGUGUUUACGCGUGUGUUGAGUUUGAGAGUUUUUCUCAUAACAAUUGUAAUCAUCGUUCUUUUCUCAGCAAUUCUGGAGACAGCUGCGUUUCUUUCAGGAAACAAAUCGGUUCUGCUUAAUUUUGUAAUUGACCUAAACUGCUUACGGGGGAUUCUGGGACAAUCUUUUAAUCAACGACCAAUCUCUAGAUGCAGCACAAAAAUCAUCUACUUGCUGAUAUUUUUAUAUGGAAUGAUGCUAUCUACUUCGUACAAUGCAUUUCUUCACACUUUUAUGUACGAGCCACCCAAAGAAUUAUUCAUACAAUCUCUAGAAGACGUCAGGGCAUCAGAUUUAAAAAUUAAAGUUUCAUCAGUUGGAAUUGCUUUCAUUUACAACCAUGUUCCCGGACUAAAAGAGAACUAUUCUGAAGUUUUCCUCAUCGAAAGUAAAAAUAAAUCGAGAUCAGUUGUUGAAGAAAUUAAUUCAUGGGAUACAAAAUAUGCUCGUAUUGUGUCAGUAUCAGAUUGGGAACUUUAUGAGCACCUACAAAAUUUUUUAGGGAAAAAGUCGUUUCGAUGGUCCCAAGAAUUGUGUUUAAUAAAAGGAAUAGCGUUGUCUUGGCCUAUUUAUGAAAAUUCGAUAUACAAAGACAUUUUGAAUAUGCACUUGAUCAAUAUGGUUUCUUCUGGAUUAUGGGACUAUUGGAGGAGAAGAAUGCUUUUUGAUGAAAUAAAUAUUAGUAAGCUCAAAUUGAAAGAUUUACAAUCGAAACAAAAUGCUCAUUCGAUUAAAGUUGAAGAUUUCAAAUGGAUUUUAAUGGCGAUUGGUAUGGGAUUUGGAAUUAGCAGUUGUUGCUUUGUUGCUGAAAUUUGCAUUUUUAAGUGGAAAAAUCAUAUAAAAGUAAAGUUCUUUUCCUUGAAGGCAUUUUUAAUAUCAAGAAAAAGAAAAUAA